GGUGUGAACUUAGGCUAGUGGAGGUAUUCCCUUACUCACACUGCCCAGUCUCUCUCUUCCUUCUGCUAAGUAUACCUGCAGGACCUCCUUAAAACCUAUAUAGAUUGAGACUUGAACAACAAAGUAUGAAAAGGCUGAUGCACUGAAGAAUCAGGUAAUACUUCUGGGGUUUUCAUACCUUAACAAGAUUUUUGUCAUUUGGAAAAGAGAAGAUGAAAUUCCCCAAACUCAUAAUUUUUUUCACAUUACUGUGCAAUAUAAAAUGCCAAGAAUCUGCUGUUUCUGUGUAUGACCUCUUUGAAGAACUUAGGCUUUCCACAGUUACAGAAAUAACAACAGUGAAUGGGUCUAAUCCAACAUUAUCUGCUGUCCGCAUAAAUUCACCAGUUUCCCUAAAGAAAGAUGGUGCUUUUCCUCCAAAUGGUUUGCCUGCCGAUUAUUCUAUUAUUGCCACUUUUAAAAUUGUAAAGGCUGUGCCUCAGAGCAUCUGGAACUUAUGGAAGAUUAUCGAUGGAAAUAAAAAACAAGAAAUUGGACUCAGUUUUAACAACAAUUCACAGACUGUAAACCUGUUCUACUCUACACCAGACAAGACUCUUCUUUUCCAGAAACAUAGCAAUCAUGAACAGCUUUUUGAUGGCAAAUGGCACAAGUUAGCUGUAAGUGUAACAAAUGGCAAUGCCAAAAUGGGUCUGGACUGUACUGAUGUCAGCGAUGCCUCUGUAGUAGAAGAAAUACUUCCUAGAAAGAAUAAGAUCACUUCGUUGGUUGACAUCCAGAAGCUUGAAAUACACUGUGAUCCAGGAAAGGCAUUGUUGGAGCAAUGUUGUGAGCUUAAUGAGCAAUGUGGGGGUGCUGCUGAACUAAGCAUCGGUGCUAACUCUCAAGGGUGUAAAUGCUCACAUGGAAUUUUAGGUGUUCAGGGAUCUGCAGGAACAAAGGGGGAAAAAGGCCAUUCAGGUGAACGUGGAGGAUCUGGAAGUCCAGGAAAUUUGGGGGUUCGUGGCAAUCCUGGCACUUAUGGAAGAAUUGGUGACACAGGCUUCAAGGGAGAGCCAGGCAUAAAGGGGGAAAAGGGAGGAAGAGGUAUAACUGGUGAAAGAGGUGACCGUGGAGAUCAUGGAUUCAAAGGACUUCCAGGAGCAGAUGGAUUCAAAGGAAUCUCAGGCCCACCAGGAAUCCUAGGACCCUCAGGGCCAAAAGGAGCCAAGGGAGAAGAGGGAGAAAGAGGGUAUGAAGGGAUUCCAGGAUUCAGAGGUGUCAAGGGGGAUGAUGGUUUCCCUGGUGCUGAAGGGCGUUCUGGCAAACAAGGAUCAAAGGGAGGUGUCGGUGACCCAGGAGAACCUGGAUUUUUUGGAAGCAAAGGCGAACCUGGCACAAUAGGCCCAAAAGGUGGGAAAGGUACACAAGGACCUCAGGGAAUAAUUGGUGAUCCAGGAUUGUUUGGGCGUGAUGGUGAUGAUGGAAUUGACGCAUAUCAAGGUACUCAGGGUGGAGAAGGACGCCGUGGAGGUUUGGGAGUUAAGGGAGAAAAGGGAUUUGUGGGGCAGCGAGGCCCUGAAGGUCCACAAGGAAAAUCUGGGCUAGCAGGAAUAAAAGGAGAAGCUGGUAUACCUGGCCGUCCUGGAUUUAUUGGUCCACCUGGAGCAGCUGGACAUGUAGGUCUUACCGGUGGUCCAGGAGCAAAGGGCAGUACUGGGGUUCCAGGAAUUAAAGGUGCAGAAGGACAAAAGGGUGAAAGGGGAACAAAAGGACCCAAAGGCAAAGGUGGAGACAAUGGCCCAGUAGGUCACGAGGGACUUGCUGGAAGAAGAGGACCUCCAGGAGAGGUUGGUACUCGUGGUCGAGAGGGAGAGCAAGGUCCUACAGGAGAUCGUGGAGUUCCUGGAAAUAUUGGACCAAUGGGGUCAAGGGGGCCAUUAUUUCCUGCAUCCCGUGUUAUUGAGGUUUGUCAAAAGUUUGUUCUUGAACAAAUGUCUUCAUAUGCUCAGUCUGUACGACGACAAUGCGCAAGUGUUUGCCCAUUGUAUGGUGACGUACCUAUGGGAGCACCAGGACCUGUAGGGCUACCAGGAUCACCAGGAGAACCUGGUAAACCUGGAAUCAAAGGUCUGGAUGGCGAAGAUGGCCCAGAAGGCUUUUAUGGUGAAGAUGGAGAUCUAGGGAAACAAGGACAAAGGGGUGAACCUGGAGAGCAGGGAGACAGAGGUCCCAAGGGAUAUGGGCUCGUUGGAUUUGAUGGUGACCCAGGACAAAGAGGUGAAAGGGGUAUACCAGGGCUAGCAUUUGAUGGAGAGCCUGGUCUGGUGGGUCCUCGUGGGCACAGAGGACAGCUUGGACAUAGAGGUUAUACAGGACUGAGAGGACCACCGGGAUCAUGUAAAACCACUGGCUGUGGAGCUGCUGACCCUACAACUGAGCAUACAGGAAAUUUAGACUCAUAAAUAGCAUAAUGACCAUGAGAUGGACUUUUAAUGUUGACUCACUCAAGAGUGUGCUGCUUAUUUCAUCAUGAGCGAAAGGCAAAAUCAUGUAUUACGCGUUAAGUUUGUAAAUAUGCAACAUUAAUUGUUUAAAAGGGCUAAUAUUUGUAAUACAAUGAAAAGGAAUUACCUACUGUGCAUAGAAGAUCCUACGUGAUUUAUCACUUAAAGUAAUUUAUUAAAAAAAA